UAUUAUGCCUCUUGUAAGUUCAUGAUGGAAUCAACAACACCUACAGACACAACUACGACACCAAUCACAGAAACCACCACAACAAAUCUUCCAGUGGAUACAGAAUUAACACAUCUCAACAUUGCUGAUUCACUCAGAGCUAAUUCUUCAUUUAUGAAGAUCAUGGCCACGCUUUUUCAUUAUGGUAAUCAAGCCAUGAAUGCAGCUCAAUUGGUGAUUGCUGUGCGCGCAUUAAACUUAUUACCUUUAAGAGGCGAAACACCCAAGAGUACAAUACAAGGCAUCAUCUCUACCUCCCGAAAGAUUGCACGAGACUUGAAAUUGUCUGAUCCUUUUCGUAUUGAUAAAGAUGGAUCAGGCAGACAAGCAAAAUAUGCUAUUGCAGAUCAAGUAUUGAAUGGUAUAGAACCACCUGAAAAAAUGGAAAUACCUGAUGAACCCAUCAUCCUUCGACCUGUUCAUCAUUCGCAUACCAGUUCAUACCACUAUCAAGGCACGAAGCGUGAGCGCAAGGCACGCUCUAUAUAUUCCCCUACGACUAGACCAAGCCAGAAAAAGAAAAGAACACACCGACCUAAGAAGAAAGACAUGGAUCGAGUGAAUUCAGACAUUGAGGUUGAUUCAGACCAAGAUGAAGAUUUCCACUCCAUGCAAUCCUUUGAUGAUGACGAAGAUGAACUAAAUGGCAAUACACCGUCAUGUGACAUAGUAGAAGAAGAAGAUACCAUUGUGGACUAUUCAUUGCUCUACAAUCCUCCGACAAAAGACAUGGACUAUAUUGAUCCCAUCGAUUUUACAGCGUAUCCUAUUGCAGGCCAUUUUGCCAUUGUACAGCAAAAGGGUUAUUCUUAUCCUCGUUUCCGUUCACAUGAGAAAAUCAAGAUUCCAAAAGUCCAUUGUGAAGACAAGUUUCGAGUGACAGACAUUGUGUCCAGGGAUAAAGUCGUAGGACGAUUGUUUAUGUUGGCCGAUGGUCAUGGUGGCCCAGGAUGUUCAGAGUAUUUUGUGAGGAAUACGCCUGAAGCAGUCAAUCAUAUCUGUGUUGACUAUGAUCCAGCGCAGCUGGGUGACCGAGAAAUACAACAACGCCUAGAGACAGAUAUCAAGACCAUGAUUCAAACACUGGAUGAUGCUUAUCUGGCUAUCAAACGAGAACAGAUGGCCAACAAAGCAUCGGAAGAUCACGUGGACAAUGAUGGAUGUACAUUGAUUCUGAAUGUCUUUUUGGGUGAAUGGUUGAUUAAUGUGAAUGUAGGGGAUUCACCAACAACAACAGAAUCCUCCUCCUUCAAUACAGUUGAUCAUGACUAUAAGAUGGAUGUCGUCUUUGCCUCUCAGGAUCAUAAGCCUUAUUUAGAACAUUUAGCUCGUCAUAUCUUAGAGAAUGGAGGUGAAUUUGUAGAUUCAGUGCAGAACCGUGUCAUCAAAGUCGACUUGGACAAACUAAGAGAAGACGGGAAUCGACACGCCAAACGACUGGCUUUGAAGAACGCAAGAAUCAGACCCAAAGACUAUCAGGCCAGUUGCCAGGAGACAGAGGAAAAGGCGUCCAACAAUAACUGGACAGCCCAGAGUGCCUUACGAAUACCAAUACGUGAAGACCGGAUUCCUUCAUUGAAUGUAGCUCGUUCUUGUGGGGAUCUUGAUUUUAAGAUGGAUCCUGCUCAUAAAAUCAUCUCUUGUGAACCUGAUGUGACAUUCAUUCGCAUAUCAGACCAGCCUUAUGUGGAUCAUACUAUCUUGCUUAAUGGACCUCAUAAAGAAAAACGAAGGCACUUUUUAUUUAUGAGUACAGAUGGCACCUUUGAUUACAUGUAUGAAGAAACAGCAGAAAGACAAAAUAGAGCAAUUGCUAAAGUGAUUGGACCUAUGAUUGAAGAUGGUGAGAAAGUAGGAAGAUAUCUACUGGAGGAAGAAGAAGAAGCAAAGAAGAGCAAAGGACAAACAAUAGAACACAAUAAAGAACCAGAGCAAAUGGAAGUUGAUGAGCUAAUGAAUGGGGAUGUCAGUCAUGGCAAGUAUCAAGACAAGACAGAAGAGACUGGAGAAAUAAAAGAAGAGACUGAAGACAAGACAGAAGAGACUGGAGACAAGACAGAAGAGACUCAAGACAUGAAAGAAGAGACUCAAGACCUGACAGAAGAGACUCAAGACAAAAAUAAUGAUGUGACAGACAAUAUGGAAGUCGAUAAAGAAGAACUUCCUCGUAUACCUUUGUUGUUCCGCGAGUUAACUGAAGAAGAAGCAAAGACACGUAAAAUCAAAGAACGUACAUUAGUGUCUUCAGCAAGAUAUUUUGCCAAUCGAGAAAGUGCCCAUGGAUUCUUUGCUUCUACAUUACAAGAUUAUGAUGACUGUACUAUUAUCCUUGUUGAGAUUUAAUAAAAAGAAAAAAAAUAAUAAUUACUCGUCUUUCU